GACAGGCAGAGGGGAGGGAAGAAGGGAGGAGGGAGUCCGAGCUCUGAGAAACAUCACUCCAUCUCUCUCACUCCACAGGAGCUGAGCAAGGAGCAGGACGAUGUUUGACAACACGCAGUACCCCUAUAACUGCUUCAAUUAUGAUGGGGAUGAUUAUCCUACCUGUAGUUCUGACGAAGAGAAGAAAUUCACCAGACCAGCGUACAGCUACAUUGCCUUAAUUGCAAUGGCCAUCCAGCAAAGCCCUUCAAAUAAAGUCACCCUCUCUGGCAUUUAUGACUUUAUAAUGAAGAAAUUUCCUUACUACAGAUCAAAUCAAAGAGCCUGGCAGAACUCCAUCCGACAUAACUUAUCGCUUAACAGUUGUUUUGUGAAGGUUCCCAGAACAGAAGGGAAUGAGAAGGGGAAAGGAAACUAUUGGAGCUUUGCAGCAGGAUGCGAAUCCAUGCUGGAUCUCUUUGAAAAUGGGAAUUACAGGAGAAGACGGAGGAGGAGGAACAUGAAAAGGGAACACAAGGAGCAGAGACCGAGCAGAGGGAAAAGUCCUUCGUCCCCCAGUAUCUCUUCUGUGGACUCUGCUUUGAACAACGUUUCCUCUUCUGAAAGUAAACAUGAAAGAAUUGAACCAGGCCCGAAACUUCUGGAGCCUUGUGGGUUUGCUCCAAACAGCGUGACCAACAGGCAGAGCCUAAGCAGUUCCUCCCUAGCAAAAUCGGAUUCUGAAAUCAAAUUUAGCAUCGAUUACAUCCUUUCAGCCCCCGACCCUUUGCCUGUCCUGAGAUCUCAAUAUAACAUGCAAGAAAAUAAAUAUCACUUACUGGAGGCCCCGCAUAUUAAUCUCCAGUUCUGGACAAUGUGAUGUUAUUUAUUCAUGGUAACAAAGUCUGAGUCCCAGUGUGUUCAGCAGCCUCAUGGCACUGAAAAUCAGCCGCCUGCCUCCUCAUUUUCCUCCCAAACCGUGCUCAGAAAGGGUUACAGACUCACCAGCUGAUGCCAUGUCUGUACCCAAGGAACUUUGCUAAGAUUAAAGCAUAAAUAGCUGUUACCAAUAUCAGUUUUCACCAUGCUGAAAUUUAUGAAAUUCUGGCUUUAUUUUCUAAACUGUCUUGGACAUAAUUUAGCACCACAAAGAAUUUCCUUUCUCAAGCAGAAUCUGACAGAGAAGAGACUUGCUUAUCAUCCACUGCUUUAUUAAAGACAAAGUGAAUUUGAUCCCACUUGCAGUGGUGGAAAUUAGGAUUAACUCCACUGGAGUAUAUAGGUCAGAACUUAAGCUGAUCUAAAACAGUGUAAUUCUGUUGACUUACACUGGCUGGGAAUGUGGGGGGGCGAGGGGGUGGAAAUUUGUUUCUUAAAAGGAAUUAUAAAAAAUCGCCCUGUCUUCUCUUUUUUUUUUUUUUUUUUCUUUUAACAUCAUAUUUCAAACUGUUUUGCAGCUUUAAUUCAUUGUUCAUUAGGAAAUGUAGUUACUGAUAAGUAUUUAAAGUAUAUUUUUGUUUAUAUUCGGGACAGAAUUGUUUAAAUUGUUGAAGUCAAGUUGUAUUUACAAUAAUUCCAAGAGACUUAAUUACAAGAUGCUGAACUCUGGUAGAUUUUGAUAUGUAAUGUGACAGUCAAAGAGUCUCUUAAUGCCUUGGUUAAAAAAAACCACAAUACUUCUUUCCUUGUACUAUCAGAAAUCUUCCUGAGAUGCUGCAGAAAAUCCUUGACCAUAUUUCAUUUAGCAAGUGUGAAGGGAAACCUGGCACUGCAAAAAGCUCUGUCAAGUGUCGAGCAAAGCUAAAGUUCCACAUAUCUGCUCUGAGACAAGUUGUAUAUUCCCAUUAAACUGAUUUUUAUUGAUCCUUCUUGCAAGCAAUUACCAAAGUGGUGCUUGAUAUGAUUUCGGCUAAACUGGUGAGAUUGAUAAUUUCCAGAUAUCAAUGUUAGCUCAUGAGCUCCAUUUCUGAGAAAGCCACUUCAUUACCAUUUACAUGCAGUGGAUAUUUUGGAACAGAACCUGAUGGACAAUGAUGAACUGUAACGAGCUUUUAGGAAGUUGCUUUUAUACAACUUGUUCACAAUGAAUUGCUUCCCAGAACAUAAACCAGGUUAGCAAAGGUUCCACAAAAUCCUGGCUUUGACUUGGCUGUUACAGUCUUCACCUACUGCAGAUAAAAGGAAAAAAAGACAAGAAUUCUGAUGGUUUUAAGCAAUUAAAUACAGAGAUAAAAUUAUCUUUGCAACAGGAACUAAAGGUAAAUGAAGGUAUAUGAGAUAAGAUUCAGCAUAGAGGUAUGCUCAGGCAUGACUUGAAUUUUUAUGCAGAAGCUUUGGCAUUUCACUAAGUUAUUUUACAUUGUGUCUAAUAUAUACUGUACAUUUAUACUAUAUAUUCUUAUAUAUUGUUAUUGAGAAAGGGAGCAAUAUCACUGCACUUAUAUGUUGUAAAAAUGCAUGAUGUAUGUUGUCAUGAUGCUGAAACUCCUGCCAUAUACUUAAAAUUUACCAUCAGUGGUAUUUCACACUGAUUGGUAAUAAAUGCCCAUUUUUUGGAAAACUAUAAAACUUGUUCUCUUCAAGCAUUUCUACAGCACGCAAAAGUCUUUGCUUCUUCUUCAGAAAAGAGAAAAUGGAAAAUCAUGUCAGUUACAUCACUGCAUGUCUUCCAAACUUUGAAGGGAUGAUUUCUUGAGACCAAAUUCUGCCUCCAAAUGGGAGCUUUCAAUUCUAUGUGAAUCAACAGUUAUUCUGGGUGAAAAUCUGAAAGCAAAAUUUGACUCUUUAGACCUGAUUAUCUGCUGUUUACAUUGAUAUUAGAAAAAGAAGAAAACCUCUGGGGGGACUGCACAGAUGGAUUCUCAUGCGAAGAGGAACAAGAAUUUGCUCCUUUAGUGUUUAUGCUCAGUAGUAAAUAGGUGUGGGAAGAGCAUGUCCUCACUUAGUGCUUCAGUGUUUGCAUGCCCUCAUUCUGGGUGGGUACUUGUGCACCUCUGGGAUCCUGCCUACAGAUAAAUAUUCCUGUUUUAUACACAGAUCUUUUUUUCCUGAUUGUUUCAAACAUGGCAAUGCUGCUGUUGGGCUGAUGGUACACACCUGCAGUAUAUUUGAAAUACGUAUUUUCUGCUGUGAAACAUGCAAAUAUGAGUGUUACUAUGUGUUCUUGGUUGAUGCUGUUAACAAGAGAUAAUUCAGUGACAGCAAAAGUUCCUCCUGAGCAACACCUGGGUAAGGUGAACAUUGUGGGCUGCUGAGACCAGUGGAGAAGCAGUUUAUGGCUACUAAUCAAUGUAGAAUUAAUGCAUUAGGAAAGGCAGAAAUACACCCAAGUGGAUUUACAGCAGAGAUCCAAAGCCAUUUUCUGUAAGAUGAAUUAAUAUUCACAAAUAGCCAUGUCCUUUGCUCACAGUAAAGUGCCUGGUAGGAGAGACUGUCAUAAUUUAGUUUCCCUAACAUAUAAUCAAAGAAAUUUGUGUACAAAUAGGUGUUAACAUUUGUUUUGCAAAGGAUAUCAAUCAUAUUUCAAAAAAUGAAGGGACAUAUUUCAAUUUACCCAGUAUAUUCUGACGACUCCAGAAAGGUUUCCAGCAGUUAAAGUGAAUGGCAUUUAAUAUAGAACAACAUAACAGGGGUGAGGGCUAGACGUGACCUUAUUCAAAUGUCGUAGCCAUUACAAAGCCAUUCCCAAUGUAAUUAUAAUUAAAUACUUUAUGCCUUUCUUGCAAAUCCUCUGAUCGAUCAUUGAUAUUAACAUUAAUAUUGUAUUACCCCCAAGCAAAUAUCUCCCACACAAGUGUUAUGGAUCACCAGGUUUCCAUUAACAAAGUUGUGAGCUAUUGCCGUGUGCUGGUCGUGGAUAAAUUUACGUAAAUUACUUUUUCUCAGGGAAGAGGGGAAAAAGUCCGGGUUUCUUUCUGCUCUGAAUCCAGAGAUAUUUCUUCAGCUCCAUCACAGCCUGCCAACCACUUGCAUAAAGAAAAAACCCAAAAUCUCCCAGGAGCAUCCCUCUUUGCCCUGUGCCAAAGCAGGUGAAUAUUGUCCCGUUUGGCACCGGGGUUCAACGCUGAGCUGAAGCCAGGGAUGAGCAGUGCAGGGCAAGGCUCUGCACCCUCCAGGACCAUCAGCGGGCUGGGCAGGCUGGGUGUUGGAUCAAUUCCUCAUCUCAUGGCACCUUCCUGACUGCAGAGGUGCCUCCCGUGGGGCUGACCCUGUCCCAAGGCUGGGUGAGGCAGGAGGGGGCUGUGGGACAGCAGCUCCUGCCUGCCGGGCUGGGGGCACGGGGAGGGGCAGCAAGCCCAUAGAGCUCUCCCUUCAGCAUCAUAAAUACCUCUGCAAAGGAAAGAUGAAAGGUUUCUUUCUGGGGAGAGGCAAGGCUUGGCCUCACUGAGGGACCCUGGAGGCGGGUUGUUUGUUUAUCCUUCUAAAGGAAGGCUUCCCAUGACAAAACAAAGACUUUGAUGGAGCCACAUCAGGUUAUCAUGCAGCGAUUUCACUGAUUUAAUUUCUUAGACUUUUGCCAUUGGUGUCACAGAAGUGGUUUUUGUGUGGCAAAAUGAUCAUCAGCCUCAGAAUGAAGGUCAAAGUACUUGGGCAAAGAUGCAUCUUUUCUCCCCCAGUGAAGAGAGGCCAGAUAACACCCAAGGCAGGCCAGCAGCUGACCUCACUUACAGGGACCUCUCCCUCAGCAGAACCUCCUGCACAUUAUGGGAGCAUUAAUGCAGACUGGGAUAGCUGAAAACAAACCUUUUCUUUGACAGUAAAGCCAAGUUCCCCUAUUUUUCUGCCAAUCAGAUCUUACUAGUCUCUUUUAGUUGAGACGUAUUAACUCCUCAUAUAAAGAGAAGCUGUGCUCAAAGAGCAUUUGAAGGUCAACCCACCCUGGAGAUCUGGCUCUCCCCAUGCCUUUGCUUUGUUGAGCUCCACGCCAUGGCCUGAACUGCCACGGCAUUCCUCAGCCACUCAGCAGAUUGGUUUCUCCCUCAAAACCAAAUCCUGAUUUCUGCAGUUUUCUGGUCACAGAGGGUUUCUCUUUUGGCUACCACUUGCCUGUUCAGGUCUGAAUCUUGUGAGUCUUUCCCAGUCUCUAGCAACAGAGGACACAGUGAGAGAGGAAGGGGUUUGGAGGGAAGAGCCUCGGGGAAAAACUUUGCUACACAUAUUCCAGUAGUACAGAGCUGGUGUCUCAAGGACUCUUGGGGUUGUGUGCCAAGUCUCUGCUGUAAAUUCAAGCCCAGAUGCACUCAAUCUCAGGGAUAAAGAGGGCACCUCCACCACAUACCCCUGAGCACCCAGGGACCUGAACCCUCAGCUCUGGCAGUGUAACACAAAUUCCUGUCUGUGAUCAGCCCUUCAGAUCCCAAAGUCAAAACAUGGAAAUCCUGUGCUGCUCAUUCCAGCUGACCUCUCCCCUCUCUUUCUCUUCUGGGCCAUGCUCUCCUCCCUUCUGUGAGGGUGUAAAUCCUUGCAAAUCUGUUAACUUUGGUGUAAUUUCCUCUGGAAUUGAAAUAGCACAUGUGAAUCCAACCUUUGCAUCUCUCUACCCAACAUCUCUCAUCUCACAGUCUGCAAAACUCUGCCAGCAUCUCCUCUCCUAGACAGAAUUCUCAGAGCAACAAAUGGUCCUAACAUCUUUAUUUUGCCUUAGCAUUAACUUCUAAUUGCUUUCACCAGAACAUGGGUACCAUCUGCACUGCUCUGCACAAAGAACCUUGUCUCUGUCUCUGUUGCACUGGGAAUGUCUUUCUUUUUGCACUUAGGGUCAUUAAAUUAAAGAACAGGGUAGGUCCAAGUCCUAUGGAACUGCCACUAGAGUCUUUUUUACCCGGAGAGCAAACAUUAAAUAACAAAGUAAGUUGUGCUCCCUCCCACCCUUGCUACAGUGGUUGGAGGCAAAUCCAACUGUGAGAAUUUUGCCUGAGAAAGAACUGCCGGAUUUCUCCCACUGUGAAAUCCAGCUGUUAAUUCAAACAGAAGGGAUGGACCUGACCAGAUAGGCCAACUGGCUUGUUUCCAUCCUAAAGUCCAUUGUGUUCCACAAGUUCCUAAAUUUAUGGUCAUGAAGGUCUUCCAAGCCCUGUAAUGAAGUAUGGCAUGCAAUGUUUUUGUUAUGGAAUGUGGGCUGCAAAGGAAAAAAGAAGGUUUGAAUUUAUCUUUCAAAUGAAGAUCCUGGAAUCUCUCAGGAUAAACAAGCUAAAUUAGGAAUAAAAAUACACCAUGUUUCUCACCAUAACUAUGGAACUGAAAAUAGCACUUGCAGAGCACUGACAGAAGAAGAAAACUAGAAGUUGCAGUAAGCCCAAAGCAAACUUCUUUUUGUCGUGUUUCUCUGUGUGUUCCCUGCCCUUUGUAGCAGUGAAUGAACCCUGCUAUGCCAGCAACAGGAGCCCCCUUUCAUCUUUUGGGAGUGGUUCUUCUGACAGAGUAUUUUGGAAAAAAUCCUCUGCAAAACUGAGCUGGUCUCCAUCAGCAGCAUUUACAUUGGGCACAAACCACCUCGUCUUGCUCUGAGCAAGUUGAAAAUAAGGUACAGAAAUGCUCUUUGACUUGUCAGCCUGCGUGGUGCAGCUCAGUGCAGCUCUCUCAGCGCUCCAGCUCCACAGACUGAACAUUCUGCACAAAAGCUGCUCCCUGUUAGGUCUUAAUUUGAGACAUGAUAAAGAAUUAAUGGUCUUGAAAGUUUGUUCCGUUUCCAUGCUGAUAUCAGUGGUUCUAAAUAAAAAGACAACAGAAACCAAACGAGGCUUCCUGAAAUUUUCACAGUAGAGAACUCUGCUCUGUCCCACAGCCAUUAAACCUUUUUGUCAGCCCUGCACUGGCCCCAACAGCCCCACUCUGGAUCCAGCUGCCCCCCAAAGCUGCACUUUCCACAGCUGCUGAUGCUGAAGCACUGUCAUGUUCUCCUUGUGCAGGGAAAAACAUUAGGAUGGAACCAGCUUCCCUCUUGGGCCCAAAGGCUCUGCUGACCAUUAGCCAUCUGUCUCAAGCAAGAUCUGCUCUAGCUGAAAAUGCUUUUGGAGGAUUCAUGCCACAGACAUUUAACCCUAGGACAAAACUGCUCCCCAUCUUCCCCUCUUUGCUGGAGGCAUUGCACUCUGCUGGCACUGGCUGCAUCCAGCAUCCUCUGCUGCCAUCCCCUCCUUCCAGCACGGCCUCUCUGAGCCUGCAGAAAAGAAGCAGCACUUCCCAUAAAAGUGGAUGUGGAAAAUAACAGGUGCAAUGAGCUGUGUUUCAUGAUUAAUCUGUCUCAAGCUCUUCCGAGGCUGAGAGCUGUAUGAGCAAUUAUCAAACCCUGGGAGGCACUUCAGCACUAAUCAGCCCAUAACAUUUUCUGCAUUGGAGCAUCUGGGACUGGCUACAUGGCUUGAAUCCUGACUCUCAUGAAAUGAAUGAGAGUUUUGCCACUGGGUUCAAGGGAUCAAAACUUCAUCUUCUAUUACCAGGGCCAGAGAUUAAUCAGAUUAAAGGCCAUGUGGACUGCAGAGAAAAUUAAAUACCUUCUAGCAGUUACUUGGUGUCUUCUCAAGACAAAAUAGCAGCUUGCUUCCACAGGUUUCUUUGUCUCUUUCAGCCAGACAAAAUACUUCCUGAACUCAAUGGGAAAUGUGUCCAAAUAGGGAGUAAGUACCCCUAAGCCCAAGGGCUGAACACAGCAGAACCAGAUGUUGGCAUCUGGGGUGAGAUUCCUGGUGCAAAGAUGUUUGUAUGCUCUUUGAGAGCAUCUCUGUGCUGGGGCUGGUGUACACACUCAAAUAAACAAGUCACACUAGCUAAUAUCCAGACUAGGGAUCUCAGAUUUUCUUUCAACAGGAAACUGUCCCAAGAUCUGCUACAGUUUGGCAAAGGCACGACACUGUAUUACUUUCCAUUUUGUUUUACUGUUGUUGAAAUUACAGGAAAAUAAAUAUUUUGGAGAUGAUACAUUGUGUAUCCCUAAUAAAUACCAUGGGCAUUUAAUAUAA